AUGAGUGGUAAGGACAGAAAACGGCCAAUUUGGGAUUCUGCAGACCCAGAACGAAACCCUCCCCCCCUACCCAUGAACCCCUCUUCACCAGGGCUACGUUCAGCUCCGACUUCUGGAGGACAGCUUGGAGGUAGAGUGGCCAACUCGCCAUUCAAAAGGACCCUCGAUCCUCGAGCAGACGAGUCGCCCACAAAACACGCGACGUCCUCCUCCUUUGCUCCAGCCAUGAGUUCCCACACAGCAGGCACGUCCUCUACACGGCCACAAACAGCUCCCAUCGGAGAACUCGAAGAUACCAUCGGUCAUAUGCAAGACUCUCUCGAAUCCCUGAUUUCGCGCUCAAACUCCAACGGAAAGGCCCUCAACGAAUUCAGAGGAGAUGUCAAGAAGAGUAGCACGGCUCUGACAGCUAUCAAGGCCGAAGUCUCAGCUACCUUCGCCAGUCUGACUUCUUCACUCGAUGUCUUUAUGGACCAGAUGGGAAAAGCUCUGGAGGACAACAAACGAAAGCUGGAUGAGACUUCCCCCACUGCCAUUUUGACUGGCCACAUGAAUCGUAUCCACAACGGAAUCGACAACCUCUCCACGGCUAUGAGAGUAUUGGAACAAGGAAACUUGGAUGUCACAGGGUCGAUCUCAAAGGUGAAGAGCGACAUUGUCAGCCAGAUUAUCAGUCUGCUGGAUUUCAAGGAGGUAAUUCAGGUUGUGCAGGACGGAAACAAGCAGCUAGAUAGUUCCUUCACCUCGAACCUCAUGUCUGUUCAAUCAGACCUCAAGCGCUUCCGAGAACUGGAUAGAAGUGACGUGGAGGAUAUCAAGAGCUGUCUCGACAGUCUUUCUCAGGCUGUCAAGGAGACCCACCAGAACCAGCUAACAGCCUCGGUUGACGAGGAACAACUCAUCAAGCUUCGAAAGAUCAACGAGGACCUUGAGGGUCAACUUGCCGCGUCUUCUCUCGACAAGCGAAACCAUGCUGCCAAGCUGUCCAAACUCGAAGCUGAGGUUGAGGUUCUGCGCAAGACCGCCGCCGAGGCUACAGGAGCACGGGAAAAGGCUGAGAAUGACUCCAACAUUCUCAAACAGGAGAACGAGAAACUGCGACACGAGAGCCAGCUGCUCCAGACACAAAACCAGUCGAUUCGAGAUACCCACGGCAACUACAAGGAUCAGAUCAAGGGGCUUUCGCUGGAUGUGGAGAAGCUCAAUGAGCAGUUGGAGGCUGCCAAGCGACAAGGCAGAGAGCUGGAGGAUAACAAGAGCACGAUCGAGUCUGUGAAGCAGGACCACAAGUUCGCCUUCGAGGCGUUGAGGGAGGAUCACAAGACUGCGGUUGACAUUCUGAAACAGGAGCAUCAGACUGCUCUCAGAGAUCUCAAGGAGGAAUUGAAGGGAGAGCACAAGGUGAUUGUGGACGACAUGAAGGCUGAUCACGAAACUGCGCUUUCCUCGCAGAAGGAAGCUAUCAAGAGAGAGUACCUAGAACUUGUCGCUUCGUUGAAGAAGGACCACAGUGGACAUGUUGACACUCUUAAAGCUGAGCAUGCUGAUAUGUUGUCCUCACUCAAGUCUGAACAUGUCAGUAUGGUUUCGUCACUCAAAAAGGAGCACUCUGAUCGUCUGGAUACCCUUGAGGCACGACACAAGGACUUGAUCAGAUCCAACAGUGACACCAUAGAGAGCCUCAAGAAGAACAUGUCUACCAUUGAGCUGGCUCGUGGUGGAGAGGAUCAGAAUAAGGUGGAUAUUGAGCAAGCUGUGAGUGUUAUUAAGGCUGACCACGUCAAGGAAAUGCAAGCUCUCAAGGAGGUACAUGCCAAGGAAAUGGCGUCUCUGAAGGAGACUCACUCCAAUUUUGCCGAAUCGCUCAAAGAGAGUCAUCUGAAGGAGCUUUGUGCUCUGAAGGAUGCCCAUGCCACCGCUGUGGAAGAGUUCAAGAUCCGCCUUGAGGGUGCUGAAACAAACUACAAGGACCAGCUGGCACAGUGGCGAGAGGAGCAUAAGACUGCCAUCACUGGUAUCACAAACUUCCGAGAUGAUAACAUGAAGAAGAUUGAAGCCGAAUACCUUGAGCGGAUUGCGGAGGUCAAACAGUGUCAUUCUGACGUUCUCACUGAAGUGAAAGACCGACAUGAGAAGGAGCUUGAGAGUGCACAAAAAGAGGCCACUAUUCACCUGGCUACGAUCGAAUCUCUGAAGGAAGAACACAAGAAGGAGAUGUCUUUAAUGAAGGCAGAGCAUGCGGAAGAGCUCACACAACUGAAAGAAGCCCAAGCCAGAGAGAAUGCUGUUCUUAAGGAAGAGUAUGCAAAGGGGACUGCAGCUGCCGAGGAGAAACAUGCCAAGGAGAUGGGUGCUGCUAAGGAGGAGCAUGCCAAGGAGCUGGUGGCGAUCAAGGAGAAGCACGGCAAGGAAAUGGCUUCUGUCAUGGCUGAACAUACGCAGACUCUUGCCUCCCUUGCUGAUGAUCACAAGCAGACCACCUCUGCCGCACAAGAGGAAAACAAGAAAGCUCUUUCUACAGCCCAUGAGCAACACAAGAAGGCUGUUUCUGAUCUUAAGGAGGAGCACAAGCAGACCGUUGCCUCAGUAACAAAGGAUUAUGACGGCAAGGUGUCUUCACUGGAGGAGAAGCAUGUUACUGCUAUGGCCUUACUGAAAACCAAACACGAGGGUAUGGUUUUGUCCCUGAAGGAGGAGCACGCCAAAAGUCUUGUUGCGUCUAAGGAGGGCUUUGAAAAACAUCUUGCUGGUGUUAAGCAAGAGCACACUGAGGCUCUCGCUGCCUUCAAGUCUUUGAAGGAGGAGCACACUGCCGAGGUUUCUGAGAUCAAAAAGACUCACGCUGAGGAGACGCAAGCUCUUAGAGAUGGUUUCAGUUCCCUCACCGCUGUCGCCACCAGCUUGGGGGACCAGCUGCAUGCAUCCGAAAGUACUGUUGGUGACCUGGAGAAGAAGUUGGCCGAGGCCACGUCUGUUCUAGAGCAGACUGUUUCCGAUGCCAGCGUAAACAUCAAGGAGUCGUGGGAGUCUACAGUUUCUGGGUUGAAGCUCGAGUCUGACCUCGCUGCUUCUAAGAAGGAGCUGAAGGAAGUUACUGAGAAGCUCACUGUUGUCAAGGAGGAGCUCAUUGACAUCACGUCCAAGUUGACUGAGGCCAAGAAGGAGCACAUAGAACUUACUGAGACAGUGUCUGAACUCCAGGCCCGCAAGAGUGAGCUCACCAAUGCCAACGACGGUGCCAAUGAGUGUCUUCGGAUCAGACUGGAGUCUCUCAAGUCUCUGGAAAACCGUGUCAAGAGUCUCAACGACAAGACUCUGGACUCUCUGGUGGACCGAAGCAAGUCCAUUUUGGGCUCUGCCACCAUGUCCAUUCUCAACAGUGGACAGCUCAACUCCCAGGGCCAGCCCACAUCGUCGAAACGAAAUCUGUCUCUUGCAGGCAACGUCAUUCGUGAGUCUGCCACUUUGUUGAAGCCUGAUCUUGACGAUGAAGAUAAGGAGAACCCUAUCAUGGUCAUGAAGCGGGGCAUGGGUAGUGUUGGAGGUAAGGGUCGAAGUGUUAGCAUGUUCCAUGAUGCGCAUAAUGCCUAG